AUUUUACCCAAGCACAUGUGCGUUAUUUAAAUUAUUAACUUAAGAAUUAUGGCAAAAUUGGGCGCAUAUUACGGCUUGUGCCCCCUAAUUGACCACCGAAGUUUAUUAGGAAUCGCCAAAGAAACAAACGGUGUUGUUAUUGUCACAUUGGGCAAAAAUAUCGCUGUCAAAUACAAGCUUUCAGACCAAAAGCAGCUUCACAGUUGGCGCACGAAAGAGAAGUUUAGCUCCUCGAUCAUCUACGACAAGGAACAGUCAAGAUAUGUGGCAGUAUUCAAUGAAAACUUACUCCGGUUUUGGAGCGGAAAUGAGGAAUUUAUUGAUAAGUUAAAAAAGUACAAGUUUAAUCAACAAAUCCAGACAAUAUUCACUUGUAAUGACCGAAGCUUUGUUGUAUUUAAAAAUGGGGCUGUUUUUGUGCUAAAAGACGCAGUGGAGAAACGCAAGGAGUUGGCAAUUGAGAGUGUUAUCGAUUUAGAUUCUGAAUUUAUAUACGAAGUGUUAUAUGCCAACUUCAAUAAUUGUGUUUAUGUUGGUUUAGUUGUUAAAACCACUGACAACUAUACUUUAUAUUGGACAAAGUUUGUGGGGGACACUCAGGAUGGAUUUUACAAGAUUUUUAUCACACGAGAGAAAGCUGAUUUGACUGGAUAUGUUUUCCAUGUGGAUAAAUUCUCAGUAAAUUUCCUUUCUAUGUGGAGUGACGGCAGAGUUUAUUCAGUGGAAUUAAAAGAAACCGAUCUGGAUUCUUCAGACAUCGGCGAAUUAUUUACGGUUAUUGAGUCGAUUUCGUGUAAGGAAUACGUGUCUCUGGUUUCCCUGGACCCCAACUACAUCGCCAUGUAUGGUUGCAACUCAAAUGAAGAAGGAGCUUUGCUAGUCAUCUACAACGUCCAGUUUAAAGUGGUUCAAUCAAAACAGUCGUUUAAAUUAUUCACAAAUGGUGCAAAACUGUAUUGUAUUGAUGGAAAUCUCUUUUUCCCAGUGGGUCAGAAUCUUGCAGUUCUUCCAUUCCACUUGGAUAUGGAACAGUUGGCAGCACUUGUUGGCAGUCACAAAGUUGUACAAACUGACCCCGAUAUUUCCAUUGUGCAAAAAGUGCAGUUUGUUAGUUGGGGGAAAAACCCUGAUUUAAACGUGAAUAAUGUGCCGGAUAAAAUCAAGUCAAAAGUUGAAGAUUUUGAAAGCCAAGGCUUAUCGGAUAAUUUUAUUUUUGAAGCGCUUUUAGCGGACGUUUUGGAGGGGAAAAAUUUAGACACACUUAUAGAAAUGGUGGAUUAUUUCGCAGACGUGCCGGAAAGUUGUUUGGUGAAAGUUUUAAAACUUUUAAUUAAUUUAGAAUCAAAGUUGUUUAAGAAAAAUACACAAAGUGCUGCUAGUAAUUUUCCUCCAAGUUUGCAACCGCGCGAAAGAACCGAGUUAUUAGAUGUUAUCUUAACAAAAUCUUUCAAUGAAACUUUGCUUUUGUCGCAUCUUCGCUCGAUUUUAUCACUUGACGAAGUCUUGGUGUUAUUGCAAUACAUUCAUUUUUUGUUGUCUGAAAAUGGGCAUUGUUUACCAUCUCAUAAUUUUAUGGAAACGGAAGCAAAGUUGAUUGAAUGGAGUUGUAUUCUGUUGGAUGCUAAUUAUCAGAAGUUUUUGUUAAGUAGAGAUGCCAAAAUUAGUGAAACUCUGACGUCACUAAAAAAUCAAAUUAAAGAGGAGCUCGAAUCAUACGACGAUUUGCAACAGCUUGCUGCCUUGUUAACUGAAAUAAAAAAUAACAGACCGAUUCAAAAGACCAUUCAUAUGGGCGGAAUGGAUUAUUCAAUAGGGGAAUUUCCUUUAUACUGAACUUAGUUAAUAUAUUUUUUAGUUUU